GGAUUUCUUCUCCAACUCUAUCCCUCUCUCCGUGCUAUUUUAUCGAAACCUCAAUUCUCCACCUUAAAAACCUCGAAUUCUCUCUGUUUUCGUUCCAAUUCUACCGGACUAUUCAGCGGAAUCAUAGUCAUAGGAUCCGAUCAUUGUGAAUAUUGACAGCAAACCCUACUUAAAAAAAAAAGAAACAAACGUUUUCUAGUCUUCGAUUUCGAGUUUUCUGAUUUUCCGAUCGAUCCUCGGUUUUUUGGGGGAUUUGAUCGGUUUCUUGAAGCGGUUUGGAUUCUUGAAAUGCUUUUUAUUCCAAGAUGAAGUUGAAGAAGAGGAGGGCACUAGAAGUGCCUCCAAGAAUUAGAUCCUUCAUCGAUAGUGUCACUGCUGUUCCACUCGAGGAUAUUCAAGAACCCCUCAAAGGUUUCAUUUGGGAGUUUGAUAAGGGAGAUUUCCAUCAUUGGGUGGAUCUUUUUAAUCAUUUUGAUUCAUAUUUUGAGAAGCACAUAAAAUCAAGGAAGGAUUUACAGGUUGAGGAUAAUUUUCAGGACUCUGAUCCUCCCUUUCCAAGAGAAGCUAUCAUUCAAAUUCUCCGUGUUAUAAGAAUAGUUUUGGAGAAUUGCACAAACAAGCACUUCUAUAGUUCUUAUGAGCAGCAUCUUUCUUUACUGCUUGCUUCCACAGAUACAGAUGUUGUUGAGGCAUGCCUGCAGACUUUGGCUGCUUUUUUUAAAAAAACGAUUGGCAAGUACUCUAUUAGAGAUGCUUCUCUGAAUUCAAAGUUAUUUGCUCUUGCACAAGGUUGGGGGGGAAAGGAAGAGGGGCUUGGAUUAAUUGCAACUGCUGUACAGGAUGGUUGUGACCCUAUUGCCUAUGAGUUGGGUUGCACCCUGCAUUUUGAAUUUUAUGUGUCCAGUGAGUCGUCACAUGAACACCCUGCUGCAGCACAUUCAACCCAGGGUUUGCAGAUAAUUCAUUUAUCCAAUAUCAAUACUUGCCUAGAGACUGAUCUAGAGCUUUUAAGCAAUUUGGUUGCAGAAUACAAAGUACCCACCAGUUUAAGAUUUUCUCUAUUGACAAGACUGCGGUUUGCAAGGGCUUUUGGCUCUUUAGCUUCUCGUCAGCAGUAUACCUGCAUUCGUUUGUAUGCCUUUAUGGUUCUUGUUCAAGCAAGUGGUGAUGCAGAAGGGCUAGUUUCUUUCUUCAACACUGAGCCUGAGUUUGUCAAUGAAUUAGUGUUGUUAUUAAGCUAUGAAGAUGCAGUUCCUGAGAAGAUUCGAAUUCUGUGUCUGCUGUCUUUGGUUGCCCUUUGUCAAGAUAGGUCUCGCCAGCCUUCUGUCUUGACUGCUGUCACAUCGGGUGGUCACCGUGGCAUCCUCUCCAGUCUCAUGCAAAAGGCCAUUGAUUCUGUUAUUAGCGAGGCCUCAAAGUUGUCUGUAGUUUUUGCUGAGGCUCUGUUAUCUCUUGUCACUGUUUUGGUCUCGACUUCCUCAGGUUGCUCAGCCAUGCGUGAAGCAGGCUUUAUUCCUACUCUUCUACCCCUUCUUAAAGACACAAAUCCACAGCACUUGCAUUUGGUAAGUGCCACUGUGCACAUCCUAGAAGCUUUUAUGGAUUUCAGCAAUCCAGCUGCUGCGUUAUUCAGGGACUUGGGUGGUUUGGAUGAUACCAUCUCUCGUCUGAAGUUGGAAGUGUCACAUAUAGAAAAUGGUUCAAAGCAACAAGGUGAAAGUUCUGAUUGUAGUGGGAGUAAGCAAGUGGUUGCAGGCUCCUCCAGUGAGCUAGAUGACAUGCAGCCUCUGUAUUCUGAAGCAUUAGUUUCAUAUCACAGGCGAUUGCUGAUGAAAGCUUUACUGCGUGCUAUUUCCCUUGGAACUUAUGCCCCUGGAAAUACUGCACGUGUUUAUGGAUCAGAAGAGAGUUUACCGUAUUGCUUAUGCUUAAUUUUUAGAAGGGCAAAAGAUUUUGGUGGUGGGGUGUUUUCACUUGCAGCUACUGUCAUGAGUGAUUUGAUUCACAAAGAUCCCACUUGUUUUCCUGUGUUGGAUGCAGCCGGUCUUCCUUCUGCCUUCUUGGAUGCUAUAAUGGAUGGAGUUCUGUGCUCUUCUGAUGCCAUAACAUGCAUACCUCAGUGUUUGGAUGCUUUGUGCCUGAACAAUAAUGGCCUUCAGGCUGUUAGAGAUCGCAAUGCUUUGAGGUGUUUUGUGAAAAUAUUUACUUCAAGAACAUAUUUGCGUGCCCUCACUAGUGAUACCCCAGUAUCCUUGUCUAGUGGACUGGAUGAACUAAUGCGCCAUGCUUCUUCUUUGCGCGGGCCUGGAGUGGAUAUGUUGAUUGAGAUCUUGAAUGCCAUUUUGAGAAUUGGAUCUGGGGUUGAUGCUUCUGACUUGUCAACUGAUCCUUUGUGCUCUUCUACUCCUGUUCCCAUGGAAACUGAUGGUGAAGAGAAGAACUUGAUUUUUACAGAUGAUAAGGAUGCAUCCCAGAUGGAUCAUUUGGAGCAGACAACUGAGCCAUCUGCUGAUUCCUCAAUAGUUAAUAUUGAGUCAUUCCUCUCUGACUGUGUGAGCAAUGUUGCUCGUCUUCUGGAAACAAUUCUUCAGAAUUCUGAUACAUGUCGUAUAUUUGUAGAGAAGAAGGGGAUUGAAGCUGUUCUGCAAUUGUUUACUUUGCCUUUAAUGCCUCUUUCAGUUUCCGUUGGUCAAAAUAUCUCUGUUGCCUUCAAGAAUUUCUCACCACAGCAUUCUGCUUCUCUUGCUCGGGCAGUAUGUUCAUUUCUGAGGGAGCAUCUGAAAUCAACAAAUGAGCUCUUAGCUUCCGUUGGAGGGACUCAGCUUGCUGUAAUUGAAUCCGCACUGCAAACAAAGGCUUUGAGAAAUCUUUCCAGUCUUGAAGGCAUUCUGUCUCUAUCUAAUUUUUUGUUGAAGGGGACUUCUAGUGUGGUCUCAGAGCUUGGCACUGCAGAUGCUGAUGUAUUGAGAGAUCUUGGGAGCGCAUACAGGGAAAUAAUCUGGCAAAUUUCUUUGUGUAAUGAUUCCAAGGUGGAUGAGAAGUGGAAUGCUGACCAAGAACCUGAGAGUUCAGAGGCUGCUCCAUCUAAUGCUGUUGGAAGAGAGAGCGAUGAUGAUGCAAACAUACCGGUGGUGAGAUACAUGAACCCAAUGUCCCUCAGGAAUGGCUCUCAAUCCUUAUGGGCUGGUGACCGGGAGUUUCUGUCAGUUGUUCGUUCUGGUGAAGGUCUGCACCGUCGCAGUCGACAUGGGUUGACACGCAUUCGGGGAAGGACGGGCCGGCAACUUGAGGCUUUGAACAUGGAUUCUGAAGUUCCGUCUAAUGUACUGGAGACAUCUUCUUCCCAGGAUAUGAAGAAGAAAAGUCCUGAUGUUCUUGUUUUGGAGAUUCUUAACAAGCUUGCGUCAACAUUGCGCUCUUUCUACACAGCUCUUGUUAAGGGAUUCACAUCACCAAACCGUCGUAGAGCCGACUUGGGGUCAUUGAGUUCAGCUGCAAAAACUCUUGGAACUGGCCUGGCUAAAGUAUUUCUUGAUGCUCUUAAUUUCUCUGGGUAUUCUGCUCCUGCGGGUAUUGACAUGUCAUUAUCUGUAAAAUGUCGAUAUCUUGGAAAGGUAGUGGACGACAUGGCAUCACUUACAUUUGACAGCAGGCGACGCACUUGUUAUACUGCAAUGGUUAAUAAUUUUUAUGUUCACGGUACCUUUAAGGAGCUACUGACAACAUUUGAAGCUACAAGUCAGUUAUUGUGGACACUACCAUGCUCUACAUCCAUGUCAGGUCUUGAGAAUGAAAAGGCGGGUGAAGGAAGUAAAUUGUCUCACAGUACAUGGCUGCUUGAUACACUACAGAGCUAUUGCCGUGUGCUCGAGUAUUUUGUUAAUUCUUCUUUACUUAUAUCUCCAACCUCUGCAUCCCAAGCACAGCUUCUUGUGCAGCCGGUUGCAGUUGGUCUUUCAAUCGGGCUAUUUCCAGUUCCAAGGGAUCCUGAAGUCUUUGUGCGUAUGCUGCAAUCGCAGGUUCUGGAUGUUGUACUUCCUGUCUGGAACCACCUCAUGUUUCCCAAUUGUAGUCUGGGUUUCAUUGCUUCCAUUCUUUCACUUGUUACACAUGUAUACUCUGGUGUGGGAGAUGUGAAACGUAAUCGCAGCGGCAUUGCUGGGACUACAAACCAGAGAUUCAUGCCCCCGCCACCUGAUGAAGCUACUAUUGCCACCAUUGUUGAGAUGGGUUUUACAAGAGCAAGAGCAGAAGAAGCAUUAAGACGAGUGGAAACAAAUAGCGUUGAAAUGGCCAUGGAAUGGCUGUUUAGUCAUGCUGAGGAUCCUGUACAGGAGGAUGAUGAACUAGCUCGAGCACUUGCUCUUUCACUGGGAAGUUCAUCAGAAACAUCUAAAGUUGAUAAUGCGGACAAGUCAAUAGAUGUCCCAACAGAAGAUGGUCAUAUGAAGGCACCCCCUGUUGAUGAUAUUCUUGUGGCGUCGGUGAAACUAUUUCAGAGCAGUGAUACAAUGGCAUUUCCUUUAACGGAUUUGUUUACUACACUUUGCAAUAGGAACAAAGGAGAAGACCGUCAAAGAGUGGCAUCUUAUCUUAUUCAGCAGCUGAAGCUUUGCCCUUUGGACUUUCCAAAGGAUAUCAGUGCAUUGAGCAUGUUAUCACAUGUUAUAGCGUUACUACUUUUUGAGGAUGGAAGUACCCGUGAAAUUGCUGCUGAGAAUGGUAUUGUACCAGCUGUGAUAGAUAUUUUAACGAAAUGUAAGGCUAGAAAUGAGUCAGGGAAGGAGCUUGUGUUCCCAAAGUGCAUUAGUGCUUUACUGCUUAUCUUGGAUAACAUGCUGCAGUCCAGGCCCAAAAUUUGUUCUGAGAACAAGGAAGGAACACCUGCAGGGUCUCUGCUGGAUUUGCCUGGAAAUCUUACUUCUUGUCCAGCUCCUGCAUCUGUUCAAGAGAAAAAACCAGCUUCAGAUGCCCCUGAGAAAGACUCUGGUAUGACAUUUGAAAAAAUAUUGGGAAAAUCGACUGGAUAUUUAACUGUUGAAGAGAGUCAUAAGUUGCUUUUAGUUGCUUGUGAUUUGAUAAAACAGCAUGUCCCAGCAGUGAUCAUGCAGGCUGUUCUGCAAGUAUGUGCUCGGUUGACGAAAACACAUUCCCUAGCUUUGCAGUUCCUUGAAAAUGGAGGUUUGGCUGCUCUUUUUAGUCUCCCAAGAAGUUGUUUCUUCCCUGGAUAUGACACUGUUGCAUCUGCUAUUGUGCGUCAUCUCCUUGAAGAUCCCCAGACACUGCAAACAGCAAUGGAAUUAGAGAUACGACAAACUCUGACUGGAAAUGGGCAUGCUGGGCGUGUUUCUGCACGAACUUUUUUGACAUCAAUGGCACCUGUUAUCUCUAGGGAUCCUGUGGUUUUCAUGAAAGCUGCCAGUGCUGUUUGUCAGCUGGAGACAUCUGCAGGUAGGACCUUUGUGGUGUUAUCAAAAGAAAAAGAGAAGGAAAAGGACAAAUCAAAGGCAUCCUCCGCUGAAGCUGGAUUAUCUUCCAAUGAAUGUGUUCGGAUUUCUGAAAAUAAGAUUCUUGAUGGAUCUGGUAAAUGCUCUAAAAGCCACAAAAAGAUCCCUGCCAAUCUCACUCAAGUAAUCGAUCAACUUCUUGAUAUAGUGUUAAAAUAUGGUUUGCCAAAAAACCACGAAGUUGGUGUGAGUAAAUUAUCUUCUAUGGAGGUUGAUGAACCUGCUACAAAGGUAAAGGGUAAAUCAAAGGUCGAUGAGACAAUGAAAUUAGAGUCUGAAGCUGAAAGAUCAGCAGGGCUUGCUAAGGUGACUUUUGUCCUCAAGUUAUUAAGUGACGUCCUUCUGAUGUAUGUACAUGCAGUUGGAGUUAUACUCAAACGGGAUCUGGAAUUGUGUCAACUCAGGGGAUCUAAUCCUCAAGAUGGUUCUGGAAAUGGUGGUGGAAUAAUUCAUCAUAUUCUACAUCAGUUGGUUCCAGUUUCUGUUGAUAAAUCUGCAGGACCUGAUGAAUGGAGAGGUAAAUUGUCUGAAAAGGCUUCGUGGUUCCUAGUUGUUCUGUGCGGUAGAUCUGGUGAAGGUCGUAGGCGAGUAAUUAGUGAACUUGUGAAAACCUUGUUCUUGUUAUCAAACAUAGAGAGCAAUUCUACUAAGACCAUUUUAUUGCCAGAUAAGGUCUUUGCUUUUGUUGAUUUGGUGUAUUCUAUUUUGUCAAAAAAUUCAUCCUCCAGCAACUUGCCUGGUGGUUGUGGGUGUUCGCCUGACAUAGCAAGAAGCAUGAUAGAUGGAGGAAUGGUUCAGUGCCUGACUAGCAUUCUUCAAGUGAUCGAUUUGGACCAUCCUGAUGCUCCUAAAAUUGUGAAUCUUAUACUUAAGGCUUUGGAAUGUUUAACGAGGGCUGCUAAUGCUAGUGACCAAAUUUUUAAAUCUGAGAGGACAAGCAAGAAAAAACCCAUGGGGUUAAGUGGAAGACCUGAUGAUCAGCCAACCGCACCGUCAGCUGUUCACAUUUUGGAGCAUAAUCAGAAUACAAAUGGACAAGAGGAAGCCAGAGAUGCAGAGGAGAAUGAACAGCAGAAUCAAGGAGUUUCUUCAAAUGAAGGUAACCAUGAUGAAAAUCCUAAUCAGUCUGUGGAGCAAGAUAUGAGGAUAGAAAUGGAGGAGAUAAUGGAUACCAAUCCACCUAUGGAGAUUGGUAUGAAUUUUAUGCAUGAACAGAUGGAAGAGGGUGGUGUUUUGCACAACACUGACCAAAUUGAUAUGAAUUUUAGGGUUGAGAACAGGGAAGAUGAUGAUAUGGGUGAUGAAGACGAUGACAUGGGUGAUGAAGGUGAGGAUGAUGAGGAUGAUGAUGAGGGGGAGGAUGACGAUGAGGAUAUAGCAGAAGAUGGUGGUGGCAUGAUGCCUCUAGCUGAUACGGAUGUAGAAGACCAUGAUGAUACAGGCUUGGGAGAUGACUACAAUGACGAGAUGAUUGAUGAGGAGGAUGAUGAUUUUCAUGAGAAUCGUGUCAUAGAGGUAAGAUGGAGGGAAGCCCUUGAUGGGUUAGAUGAUUUGCAGGUACUUUGGCAACCUGGGGCUGCAGGUGGUCUAAUUGAUGUUGCAGCUGAGCCUUUUGAAGGAGUUAAUGUGGAUGAUCUUUUUGGUCUUCGAAGGCCUUUAGGCUUUGAACGGCGGCGUCAAACAGGUAGGUCUUCCUUUGAGAGAUCUGUUGCAGAAGUAAAUGGUUUUCAACAUCCUCUUCUUUUAAGAUCAUCCCAGUCAGGGGAUCUGGUCUCAAUGUGGUCAUCUGGUGGGAAUUCUUCCAGAGAUGUAGAAGCUUUGCCAUCUGGGAGCUUUGACGUAGCUCAUUUCUACAUGUUUGAUUCUCCUGUUCUUCCAUAUGAUAAUGCUCCAAGCAGUCUCUUUGGUGACCGUUUGGUUGGGGCAGCACCCCCACCUUUGACUGAUUAUUCUGUAGGCAUGGAUUCCUUGCAGUUACCAGGACGAAGAGGCCCUGGUGAUGGUCGUUGGACUGAUGAUGGUCUGCCACAAGCUGGUGCUCAAGCUGCUGCAAUUGCGCAAGCAGUAGAGGAACAUUUCAUUUCCCAAUUGCGCAGUGUUGCUCCUGCUAUAGGUCCUGAUGAAAAUCAGUCCCAAAACAUGGGAGUGCAGGAGAAGGAACCAGAUGCCCUUCCAUCCAAUGAUAGUCUGGUGAUGGCAGAGGGUGCUAACGCCAACAGCCAACAAAGCGAAGGGCGGCAUGAAGAAAAUGGUGAUGAAGCCACAGUUAACCCCACGGUUGAGAGUGUAACUCAUGGAGAACAAGUUAAUCCAGAAUCCAUUCUUGAACAUGCAGGCGAAUGUUUACAGGAGCACGAACCUAUGUUGAUCCAACCAUUUUCACUGAACACUACACCAGAUGGGCUUGAUAACAUGGAAAUUGGUGAAGGAAAUGGCAAUGCUGAUGAGCAGGUAGGGACAUUGGCAGAAAUUGUCAACUCAUCUACAGACGUCCAUGCUGAUAUACUAUGUGAUGGGGUUUCUGAAGCACCUGCGGGUCUACAUGAUGUGCUACUUCAGGCCACCGAUUGUGAUGGAUUCUCAAGAACUGAUGAUCAGGCCAGUAAUCAUGGUCUGGCAGUUUCUGGUUUGCCAAUGCCUAAUUCAGAUGGUUGUCAUGCUUCUUCCAUCCAUGAAAGUAUUGAUGUUGUUAUGAAUAAUAUUGAUGUUGGAGAAAAUCAAUCUGAGCAACCCGUGUCUGCUUCUGAAUAUGGUACAAAUGAGCCUUCGUCAAGGCAAAAUACACUGGUUGCUAUGGACAAUAACCAGGCUGAGCAGACUAGUUUGAAUAGUGAGGUGCCUGGUGCUAAUGCCAUUGAUCCCACCUUCUUGGAAGCACUACCUGAAGACCUACGAUCAGAAGUACUAGCUUCCCAGCAAGCUCAGUCUAUCCAGCCUCCAACUUAUGCACCACCUUUGGCUGAAGAUAUUGACCCUGAGUUUUUAGCUGCUCUUCCUCCAGAUAUUCAAACAGAAGUUUUGGCCCAACAAAGAGCUCAGAGGGUUGCACAGCAGGCUGAAGGACAACCAGUUGACAUGGAUAAUGCUUCAAUCAUUGCUACUUUUCCUGCUGAUUUGCGUGAAGAGGUACUUCUGACUUCAUCAGAAGCAGUGCUGUCUGCAUUGCCUUCUCCCCUACUUGCCGAAGCCCAAAUGCUAAGGGACCGGGCAAUGAGUCAUUAUCAGGCUCGCAGCCUUUUUGCAAGCAGCCACAGGCUAAAUAAUCGGAGGAAUGGGUUGGGUUUUGACAGGCAACACGUGAUGGACAGGGGUGUUGGAGUUACACUAGGUCGGAGGGCAGCUUCUACCAUUGCAGAUAGCUUGAAGGUGAAGGAAAUUGAAGGUGCGCCACUUCUGGAUGCAAAUGCAUUGAAAGCUUUGGUCCGACUCCUACGAUUGGCGCAGCCCCUUGGCAAAGGCCUCUUGCAGAGACUCUUGUUAAACCUAUGUGCACAUAGUGUGACAAGGGCAAUUCUAGUUCGUCUUUUGCUUGAUAUGAUCAAGCCAGAGGCUGAAGGCUCAGCCAGUGGAUUUCCAACAAUGAACUCCCAGAGGUUAUAUGGUUGUCAGUCAAAUGUUGUUUAUGGUCGAUCCCAGUUAUUAGAUGGUCUUCCUCCAUUGGUCUUGCGUCGAACUUUUGAGAUUUUCACAUACUUGGCUACUAAUCAUUCUGCUGUUGCCAAUGCGUUAUUCUACUUUGAUCCCUCACUUGUUCCAGAGUCACUAAGUCCAAUAUGUAUGGAAGCCAAGAAGGAUAAAGGCAAGGAGAAAAUUGUGGAAGGACUGUCAUCAAUACCUUUGGAAAGCUCUCUGGAUGGGGAUAUUCCAUUGAUACUCUUCCUUAAGCUUUUGAAUCGGCCACUUUUUCUACGCAGCACUGCUCACCUCGAGCAGGUCAUGGGUCUGCUUCAAGUAGUUGUUUAUACUGCAGCAUCAAAAUUAGAGUAUCAGCCACAAUCUGAAACGGCAACAGCAAAUACCCUAGAUUUGCCAGUUAAUGAAGUUCCGGGUGAUGUCCAGAAAGAUCCUCCUAUAUCAGAACCAGAUUCUAAGCAAGAAGAUAACCGUUCUGGUGCUGAGUCAUCUGCUUCAGAUGAAAAGAGGAGCAUUGAUAUGUAUAGUAUUUUUUUGCGAUUGCCCCAAUCAGAACUUAGCAAUCUGUGCAGCAUCCUUGGUCGUGAGGGGCUUUCAGAUAAAGUGUAUAUGCUUGCUGGUGAGGUGUUGAAGAAGUUGGCUGCUGUUGUUGCACCCCAUCGAAAGUUCUUUAUGUCGGAGCUUUCUGAAUCAGCCCAUGGAUUGAGCAGUUCAGCUGUCAAAGAGCUUGUCACUCUGCGGAAAACACACAUGCUUGGUUUGAGUGCUGGUUCCAUGGCUGGUGCAGCAAUCCUACGUGUUCUACAAGCACUUAGCUCGCUCACUUCAUCUAGAAUUAAUGAGAGUACAGGACUUGAGAAUGAUGGGGAGCAGGAGGAGCAGGCUACUAUGAAAAAGCUGAAUGUUGCACUUGAGCCCCUGUGGCAAGAAUUAAGUGAUUGCAUAAGUGUAACUGAGACACAGUUGGGUCAAAGCUCCUCUUCUCAGACUAUGUCGAACAUAAACAUAGGAGAUCAUGUCCAGGGGACGACUUCUUCAUCUCCUCUUCCUCCUGGAGCCCAGAGACUCUUGCCCUUCAUCGAGGCAUUCUUUGUUCUGUGUGAAAAGUUACAAGCAAACCUGUCCAUCGCACAGCAAGAUCAUGCCAAUAUAACUGCAAGAGAAGUAAACGAAUCUGCUGGAAGUUCAACCUUUUCAACUGCCAAGUACAGUGUGGAUUUUCAGAAGAAGCUUGAUGGUGGAGUCACAUUUUCAAGGUUUGCUGAGAAGCAUCGUCGGCUAUUGAAUGCUUUUAUCAGACAGAAUCCAGGUUUACUAGAGAAGUCACUUUCGAUGUUGCUGAAGGCACCAAGGCUGAUUGAUUUUGACAAUAAGCGAGCAUAUUUCCGUUCAAGAAUCAGGCAGCAGCAUGAGCAGCUCCUCUCUGGCCCACUGCGGAUAAGUGUUCGGAGGGCUUAUGUUUUGGAGGAUUCUUACAAUCAGUUGCGGAUGCGUCCCACUCGGGACUUAAAGGGACGAUUGAAUGUGCAAUUCCAAGGUGAAGAGGGUAUUGAUGCUGGAGGUCUGACUAGAGAAUGGUAUCAAUUACUGUCAAGGGUUUUAUUUGACAAGGGGGCACUGCUCUUCACUACUGUGGGAAACAACGCAACUUUCCAGCCAAACCCCAAUUCUGUCUACCAGACAGAACAUCUUUCUUACUUCAAGUUUGUGGGCCGUGUGGUUGCAAAAGCACUGUUUGAUGGGCAACUUUUGGAUGUUUAUUUUACUCGGUCGUUCUACAAGCACAUACUUCGUGCCAAGGUGACCUACCAUGAUAUAGAGGCAGUUGAUCCUGAUUACUACAAGAAUUUGAAGUGGAUGUUAGAGAAUGAUGUGAGUGACAUUCUUGACCUGACAUUUAGCAUGGAUGCAGAUGAAGAAAAGCAUAUCCUUUAUGGGAAAAGUGAGGUUACUGAUUUUGAGCUUAAACCCGGAGGAAGAAAUAUAAGGGUUACAGAAGAAACAAAGCAUGAGUAUGUGGACCUUGUUGCUGGACAUAUCCUGACAAAUGCCAUCUGUCCUCAAAUUACUUCCUUUUUACAAGGAUUCGACGAAUUGGUACCACGGGAACUUAUCUCUAUUUUCAAUGACAAAGAGCUUGAGCUACUUAUAAGUGGACUUCCAGAAAUUGAUUUGGAUGAUUUGAAGGCCAACACGGAGUACACUGGCUAUACAGCAGCAUCUAGUGCUAUUCAAUGGUUUUGGGAGGUGGUUAAGGCUUUUAACAAGGAAGACAUGGCAAGACUGCUGCAAUUUGUCACUGGAACAUCUAAGGUUCCUUUGGAGGGUUUUAGGGCCCUGCAAGGUAUCUCUGGUCCUCAAAGGUUUCAAAUUCACAAGGCAUAUGGAGCUCCUGACCGCCUACCCUCAGCUCAUACAUGCUUUAAUCAACUUGAUCUUCCCGAGUAUACCUCCAAGGAACAGCUUCAAGAACGCCUGCUACUUGCUAUCCAUGAAGCCAAUGAAGGGUUUGGCUUUGGCUGACCAAAGAUAAAUGUAGAAUUGUGGCCCCACAGUGCCAGCAAUCUACCUUCAAAGUUCCCUUGGUACAUAUGAAGACAACUGUUCCAGGUCGGCAAUAGGGGGGAAGUUUCUUCAGCACAUUUUUCUUCCCCGAGGCUGGCAAUCAGUUGUUUAUAUAAUUUCAACAGACGAAAUUAUGCUUUUGAGGAAUCACAGGCUGGCUGCUCAUUAACAAAUGGCUAGAAAAUCUAAGGCUGGGUUCUUGCCCCCGUCAACGAGUGGUAGUAGGAAGUGUACAAAAAAAUGUUAAUGCACACAUAUAUCAUUGUUCAUAUUCAAGGCUUUUUGUAAACUACAUAGCAGCAGAUGGUAGCCUGGGAAUGUAUAUGUAAUGGCCUUAAUUGUAGACAGUUCUUUUUCCCCUUAACGUGAAUGGUAAUAUUAGAUUUUCUCAAAAAA